AUGACCGCCUUAUACGGCAAAGAGGUAGAGCAGGCGGCGGCAAAGAAACCAGCAGUUAUAGACAAGAAACCGUUGGACAAUUUCGUGGACACCGGAGCGCCGGGUGAAGAUACUGAUGUCGCUAACAACCGAAGCCCACCUGAUCUGCACACGCUGGUUGAAGAUAUGGAAGGCGUCCAGUUCCAUCCGGCUCAGCUCGUCAAAUACACCGAGUCUACCAAUGCAACGGCCAAACCGCCCAUCCGCUCGGCUGUUACCAGUGCUCUCACCGUGCCAUUUGUGGUGUCCCUGCUGCACUACGACGACGUCAGAGGCCACUUGGGACAGCCGGCACCAGCAGGAUACCCCGUCGUGUGCGUCCCGCCGUGCGACCCUCAUCACCCGGGCUUUGCCACUCUGGGCACCAGCUGCAAGGGAUCCACUAGGAGCGGUCCUCCGAGCAGCCUGCAGUACACAUGGGAGGCUGCAGCUACGGACGACGACGGGUCGUCAACAUUCGAGCCCAUUUCCCGGGAGACGCCUUUUGCAGCCGUACAGCAGCGGGUCCUUGACAGUAUGUACCUCUCAGGCGGAUCUACCGUGAGGUGCAUCGUUGAGGAAACACGAGGCGCUUUUGGUCACCGACGGGCUUUCAGCGACCCUGUGGCUAUCAGCCCUAGAGGAAUCUGUCCUGCUGACAAACAACAAGUGCAGGACGUCACUGCCUCCAUGGAAUAUCUGAACGGCACGGAUCCCUCAGCACAACCUGGUCACCUGCGCAUUACUGUUCACCUAAAGCACAGAGACUCCAUGCUGCCUCUGGUCUCGACGCAUCCACUGCCCAGCGCCGAGCAACUCUUCGGGAACGUUGUUUCGCAGAAGCAGCACGUCUGCUCCAAUGUAGCGGGCCGCGGUGACCAUGACUUGGCGUUUGCCGCCUUCAUGAAUUCUGCGGCCGGUGAUCCUGGCACAGCGGAGGCGAGGCCUUACCAGAAUGACCCAGCGAUCCGCGGUUCUCCUACUGUGUCCCUGUACCGACACCUCGAUCUGGACCGGUGUCUAUGGACGUUUGAGGCCGCCAUAUCACUCAAGGAUGCAGUUGGCAUUUGUGGCGGUGUCCUGCUCGAAGAUUUCAAGGAGCCCGAUUCGCACCGGCGGUUUGUCACGGCACGGCUACCGCUGUACGUGACGCUGGCUUUCCCGGUAGUUGGCGCAGCCUUUGGAGAGGCGGCCCCUCGAUGGACGAGCGUGGAGCGGCGCUCGCAGCUGGAGCUGAGCUUUGCUUACGGGCCGGCGGUGUGGUCUGAACGGCCGCUGGGCACGCGAGCGACGCCAAAGGCCAAAGUCUCAGUGACCAGGGUGUCGCUAAGCCGCGACGGCAGGCUCAGCGUACAUCUGCUCUCCAAGGCGCUGUUCCACGGCAUGUUGGCGCUGAGCCACACGACCAAAAAGCACGUCCGCGGCCGAUUCUCGAAGCCGGCGUCCGGGGACUCGGGCCACUACUCUCUCACCCUGUUGUGGGCCGAGCCAUCGUUCGACGCACCGUCGCAACUAUGGAAAGCUGUGUCCGAGCACAGCUUCAAGGAUUACUCAGGUCUUCACGAGCUGGAACUUGUACCAUGCGUCGCCGCGCCAACCCAGGAGUACAAAAUACCUCCAGAGGACUUCUGCACGUCCCUCGACCCACUGAGGUUCGAGGUCUCGGUCCUGGCUCCCCAGCCCAUCAAUGCCCUCGACGGUGCAGUCUACAACAUGGGCACAGAGUUGCAGUUGCUCAGCAGCAGGGAAGAGUUCCUCUCCGACCCCAGGGACUUGCCACACGGCUUUGGAGACGUCGACGAGAGGCGCAUCUUCUUCAAAGGGGAGACUCUGUUCGGUCGCGUCUUGUGGAAGCCGCUGGAAGAGCUCAGCGCUAGUCUCCGCAUCGACCAAGUCUACCUGUGCACAGGAAAGGCGGGCUUCACGCCCAGCUUCGACCCAACGGGCCACGAGCUUGCCCGAGCACCCAGCUUUGGCUGCGUGCAGCCCAGUCCGGACCUCGAACACCGUUUCCUCAUUCUGGACCGCAGCAAUCCAGACCACGUCCAUGAUUCGGUGGCAGGAGUGCCUUUCAAGGCCAAACUUGCCGAAGAGGAUUCCCUCACCAGCCGGCUGCGGGACUAUCCGGGAGUUGACGGAUUCUCCAUGCUGGUCGACCCUCUGUACGAGACUGCGUCCGGCGGCCAGUGGUACUUGCAGGUGCUGUACUCGGUCGUGCCCCACGGCAGAGGCGGACAUCGACGCCGCCGAGGGAGGACGGUGGCUUCUCCGAGCAACGAGACGGCGACUGCGACCGAGAUGCACUCGUUCCGCAUAGGCGGCAAGACGCGCCAGGCCGGUGCCGCUUCCGCUGCCACACUGCUGGCAGCAGGGAGCUCUGCGCUCUUUGUGCUGCUCCUUGGCGGAUGGGCCGGAUACCGGUACCGCCGAGCAGUCGUCGCAUCUUCAGCAGCCACAAGUGCUGGCGCGCGAAACGGCGGCCGCUACGCUGCUUUGUGCGGCCAUCAUCACCAUGGCCACUGCCACCAUUACAGUGCAUCAUCGCCGCGCGUGCAAGGGGUGCGGGUUGUGCCGUGGCGGCCCGUGUUAGACACUGUGCGCCCUGACACCACCGAAGUGUGACGUUUAGCCGCUCAAAUCCCCGUGAAGGCGUUGCAAGACCUUUCGCUCCCAACAGUGAAACCGAAAGCCACCACUUUUGCAUGCUCCCUCGAACUAUAACGACAAGUUUCACGUGCAUCAAGACGUUUGCGAGACAAGCACGCGUGAAAGUUGGUCUGAUAUGAACGUUGCCGUCAUGGUGGCCAUGACUGAAAGAAUAGCGCACAUGGCUAAUCGGCUUGAUCUCCCGAAAAUGCAGUGGGCUAUGCGCAGGGUCAAUCGCGCUUGACUAAAACAAAGGUAUACUUGCUUAAUGACCGCUGCUAAAGGAGCGGCUACUGAAUCCAAAGAAAAGAGCUUCUCCGCUAUCAAGGGGGAAAUACUUCAGCAGAUGGUAGACCAAUGCGCCAAAAAUAAGCAUCUGACAGCAAAGUAGUGCAACAAGUAUUAGCGCGAUCAUGUUUCCGGAGCGGUACCAAGAAAACACAAAAACCUCAAGGGGUCAUCUUUGAGCAGUGCGAACGGCAAUACAGCUAAGGCAUCUUUAAGCGUUCGCUUCGUUUCGACGAUCCAAUCCUUAAUCAAUGAACCGUCAGUUCGAAGGCGAGCGAGGAUAAUGCGGCUAUGAAGGAGUGAGAGGAGGUGAAAGAGGAAUUGAUCGCGCGCCUCGAACUGCGUGCCAUAGCAUAUAUAUAUAUAUAUAUAUAUAUAUAUAUAUAGCCUACCCAUAAAGAUGUGCCGGCGACCGGUUCUGUUCUCUACGGAAUAGCGUUGGGCAAGUUGGUGUAUGCAAUUCCAAUGUUUCCCAACGCAUGAGACAUGGACAAGAAAUAGAUGCUCACAGCGUUUACUAACAACUGCUAUACCUGCUCUCAGGGAAAUGAACUUUCAUUAUUUAGUUCAGUGCUGUGAGUUUCUAUUUCUUGUUGUCCGUUCUUUUAUGCGCUGGGAAACUUUGGAAAAGUUGCUUGCUAAGUCGCAAACUCAACGGAAUCACAGCGUACUUCAAAGGAGUUAACACUACCUUUGACAGCCAUUAUCGAUGGUUUCUGCAGGAAUUGUUUGUAACGCAUGUCAAAACGCAAUGCGCGUUUCCGGUCGUAUUGAAGAAGUGCAUGUAAAUGAACGCAGCCUUGUUCCAAGGAUCACUGUCAUUAGAUAAACUUUAUCUUUAGUGAGCUUUUGCGACAGUAAAGAUGGGUUACGGAACUGCUGUCAGAGCCGCCCCGGUGUGGGCAUCCCGUCCAGCGACAGCUGAACAAAAGCGGUAUCAUGUAUUUAUAAAUUGAUCACUCACAUUCUAAAAUGAGGUCGAUUAUUCAUUAAAUGGACCCUAAAGCGAAAUGUGAAAUCAUGCUUGUCCGGUGUAUUUCUCUUGGUAGUCUGCUUUAACUUGUUCAGCGGGAAAAUAUGACGUAUGAGCCAAGAGAGAAAAUUUCCCGCCUCUGGGCAACUUUUGGACCCCUCUCUCCGUUUCUCGCGCGGUUUGGGACAUUUGGUCUGAGCUCCUAUAUACGCGGACUCUGGGGCCGAUGCAACGAGCAGCCUUGCCGCGCGAGCAGUGCCAGAGAAGCGCGGAGCCCUCUAUAAAGACCCUCGGCAUUUCUGUCCCGCAGUGUUCGAGGUUCUU